AUGCCUGUUACCAAGUUUUCUACGCCUGAGAAGUAUGAGUACCUCAAUGGCUUUGAUUCGUUCCACGAAUCUGAGUCUAUCAAGGGAGCUCUGCCGAUAGGCGCAAACUCACCUCAAAAGCCCCCCUAUGGCUUGUACGCUGAGAAACUCUCCGGCACAGCAUUUACAGCUCCCCGCCAUGAGAACCGUCAAACAUGGCUGUACCGCAUCCUCCCUUCCGCUUCACACUCGACAUACAAGCGCUUUAGUGAUCCCUCGUCCCCAAUUCUCAAAGCAAAACUGAACUAUGAGCCCCAGCAACUCCGCUGGGAUCCCUUCGACAUUGAUGAAAAAGUCGAUUGGGUUCGUGGUCUAAAGCUUGUAUCCGGCGCAGGCGAUCCCACCGUUAAAUCCGGUCUAGGAAUUUAUGUCUUCGCCGCGGGUCGGGACAUGGACGCCAACACAGCGAUGUAUUCAUCUGACGGCGAGAUGCUCAUCGUUGCGCAACAUGGAGUCCUGGAUAUCCAGACUGAAUUGGGGCGACUGCUCGUGAGACCAAAUGAGAUUGCUAUUAUUCCUAGAGGAGUGAGAUACAGAGUCACGCUGCCUGAGGGACCGGUGAGAGGGUAUAUCCUUGAGUUGUAUCAGGGACACUUUCAACUACCGGAGCUUGGACCUAUUGGAUCGAAUUGUCUGGCGAAUCCGAGGGACUUUCAGAUUCCUGUUGCGGAUUUUGAUGAGGAUACAAAGAUCUACCCCUACAAAUACGACCUAGGCCGCUUCUCCGUCAUCGGCAGCACAUCCUUCGACCACCCCGACCCCUCAAUCUUCACCGUCCUAACCGGUCCCUCCGACCAUCCCGGCACCGCCAUCGCCGACUUUGUAAUCUUCCCCCCGCGGUGGCUCGUGCAAGAAGAUACAUUCCGCCCACCCUGGUACCACCGAAACACCAUGUCCGAGUUCAUGGGUCUCAUCUGCGGCCAAUACGAUGCCAAGACCGGCGGUGGAUUUCAACCUGCGGGAGCUAGUCUGCAUAAUAUCAUGUCAGCUCAUGGCCCGGAUGCUGAUUCUUUUGAGAGGGCGAGUAAUGCGGAGUUGAAGCCGGUUAAGGUUGGGGAGGGGAGUAUGGCGUUUAUGUUUGAGAGUAGUUUGAUGUUGGGGAUUACAGAUUGGGGGCUGGAGACUUGUAAGAAGGUGCAGCCGGAUUAUAAUAAGCAUAGUUGGGAGGAGCUCAAGGUGCACUUCAAGAGGCCAUCUUAG